AUGAGUAGUAAGAUUUGCAGUGAUAAUAGUUAUAUACAUAUCUUAAAGAAGAGAGUGUUGCAAUUACUGAAUAGCUCUGAUGAUAAACAGAAUGCUGCAAUAAAUAUGAUGUAUAUGAAACAAUAUUUAUAUGUAUUGAUCAGAAUACUAUUAUGCAAUGAAGGAAAAUCGGAAAUUCAGGAAACAAAUAAAGAGAGUGCGGCAUGUAAAUCGGAAAAUACUAGCAAGUUGGUGAAGUGUUUAAUGCUUGCAAUAAAUGAUGGAAGAGCAAGAGAGCAAGAAGAAAAUGAAUGGAAUGAAGCAAUAGAUGUGGUAGAUGCAGAUACUAAGAUGCAGAAUAUGAAUAGUCUACAGUGGUUAAAGAUUGUCUUGCUGAUGAUGAUGGGAUUGUCUGUAGUGAAGAGACAUGCUGGUAAUAGACUGGAGGAUAGUAGAUGCAAAGCUAUAGAUAUGUGUGUGCAUGAUGGUGAUGGAGAGUGA